UUUUCAAUGAUUAUCCGUGUUAAAUUCUGUAUUAUGGAAUCUGGAUAAUCUACCACUGUUGACUAUGACGGAUAACGGAGCGGUAACCGUCCCUCGCAUACCGGGAUUCUUGGGCAUCAGGCAUUUGCAAUGUGUUCUUUGCUUCUUGGGUAUUACAAUUGCAUAUGCAAACAGAGUUUGCAUGUCUAUAGCAAUUGUUGCUAUCAAGGAAGAGGUAGAAAAAAAUGGUUCUAUCCUGGAAAAUGUGGGUCCGAUCCUGAGUUCGUUCUUCUGGGGCUACACUUUGAUGCAGAUUCCUUCGGGACAUCUGGCUAGAAUAUGGAGUGCAAAAAUGGUUUUUUCGAUAGGUGUAAUGUUGAAUGGAGUUGGUUGCAUGCUGUGUCCGAUUUUUUUCGACCAAGGGGGCUGGAUACUUCUCUGUAUCUGUCGUGUGAUCAUGGGACUCAGUCAAGCCUGUUGUCUUCCCUGCAUCCACACUCUUCUCUCAAAAUGGGUACCACCAAACGAACGUGGACGACUCUGCACCAUGACCUACGCUGGAGCACAAUUUGGAACGGUCAUCUCAUACCCAAUAUCUGGAGCAAUGAUUGAAUUCUCCGGAUGGCGAAGUGUCUUCUACUCCUUUGGAGCAGUGGCCGUCAUCUGGUCAUUAUCAUUCUUCUUCAUCGGUUCUGAUUCACCAGCCGCAUCCGCUGGAAGCUCUCUCUGUCGUAUUGGCGAUACCGAAAGAAAAUAUAUCGAGUGCGGACUUGGGGUCCACCAAACGGAAGACUCAGCCGAGAAGAAAAAGCAGAUUCCAAAAACACCAUGGGGAUCAAUAUUGACGAGUCUCCCAUUCUGGUCACUCGUGGCUGCCCAUUGUGGACAGAACUGGGGCUUUUGGACAUUAAUAACGGAAACAUCUAUUUACAUGAAUGGAGUCCUGGGUUUUGACAUCACAGAGAAUGGACUGAAAUCAGCCCUUCCCUACCUCGCGAUGCUGUUCCUGACGUUUCCAGUGAGUUACCUAUCGGAUUGGGCCCAGACCAAAGGCUUAUCACGUGGAGCAUCUCGAAAAAUCUGCAAUACAAUCGGCCACUGGGGCCCAGGACUCGCCCUGAUCGGCAUCUGCUUCGUGUCCCCUGGUGACACGACGACUCCAGUGAUUCUCCUGGUGAUCGCUGGCGGAUUAAACGUCGGGGCUGUCUGUGGAUUCCAAAUCAAUCACAUGGACCUCAGUCCUAAUUACGCUGGACUGCUCAUGGCAUUCACAAACUGCGCUGCAGCUAUCGUCGCUCUGCUCGCACCUCUGAUUGUUGGAGAAAUCGUCACUGACGACAAAAAUGCUGACCAAUGGAAAAUCGUCUUCUACCUGUCCGGGGGUAUUUAUUUCGUUGGGAAUUUAAUGUUCAUCAUUUUCGGCAGCGGAGAGACUCAACCCUGGGACGACAUUACGAAAUCCAACCGGAAUGAUGAAGGAGUAAUUAUAAAACUCCGAUCAUCAGCUAGUGCUGAGGAUACUCUGAUUGCCUAGCAAUCUCUCAUCGUAUCGAUAAUUAUUUAAUAAAUCAACACACUUAGAAGACUUUCGUAAUGAAAUAAAAACUUUUUUUGAGAACGCCGUGGAUUGUUCGUGAAAUUACGAGAAAAAUCCUGCGACUCUCUGGAGGAUUGCUAUUAGAUGAAUGCUCGGGGUUUAUCGAACGAAAUCGAUUGUCCUCGAUAUCACGAGAUUAUUCUUUAUCUCUACACGGGAUAUGUAGUAGACGUAAAGAGCUCUGAUUGAUAAUGUGAUUAUGCAUUUGCUUCGGAUCAGAAGCACCUCUGAUUAAUCUUUUUGUAAUCAUUUGAAAUCAUUUGAAAACAUUGAAGAUAUUUUAUUUUUAUAUUA